AUGAAGUUGCGAAACUGGAGAGUUGAGCUGCAGUCCGCUCGUAGGGCUGAGUCUCCGCCCCAAAGACCAGAUGAGACGAAAGCUCCAACAAAGCUCGGCUUGAUCAUGGCACCAACUCCUCCUGUCUUCGAGGCUUCAGCUGUACCAUUACGGUUCUUGCACUCAGACGUUGCCUUCCUCAAGAAGACAGGACGCGGAUCCUCCUUCUCUCGCGCUCACGUCCUCUCCUUUGUCGUCUUGUUGGCCGUGCUGUUCCUACAGCUGUUCAACCCUGACGUAACAGAAUACAAGCCAGCUUGGAGCCCAAACACUGAACUUCCAGACGUACUAUAUCCUUCACCUAUCUCUCCAAACACACCAAUCUUCUCCGAGCCAUAUCCAAUUUCACGGCCUGCUAAAAUGACGUUGCUAGACGAAGCUAGGAAGGUAACGGAGGAGUUUGCGUAUUCAGCAGAAGAUGUGAACAGAGGAGUGAAGGCAUUUAUCAGCCAGAUGGGUAAGGGCAACUACCAAACCUACUGUGGAGAUGUCAUGCUCAAUUACGCACAGACGAGGGGUCUCUACCUUGCCGUUGAUCUCGGCGGCACCAACUUUCGCGUCUGCUCCAUUCAACUCCACGGCAACACAACCUUCUCCCUCACGCAAUCAAAAGUCGCCAUCCCAAGAGACCUAAUGAUAGCCAAAACCUCCCAAGAACUCUUCUCCUUCCUCGCGAAACAAAUCGAAACCUUCCUCCAAACUCAUCAUAACGACCACUAUACCGCUCACCUCGAGCGUCGAAAAGCCAGCUCCUCAACCACAACCGCGGAGAUCUUCCAACUAGGCUUCACGUUCUCGUUCCCCGUAAAUCAAGUUGGUCUAAACAAAGGCACCCUUAUCCGCUGGAGCAAAGGUUUCGACAUUUCCGACGCCAUCGACCAAGACGUCUGCCAGCUCCUCCAAACCGAGAUCGACGCCCUCCACCUCCCCGUCAAAGUAGCUGCCCUUGUCAACGAUACCGUCGGCACACUGAUGGCGCGCUCCUACACUUCCCCUGGCAAGACCGGCACCCUCCUAGGCGCCAUCUUUGGCACCGGCACAAACGGCGCUUACGUCGAAAAGCUCUCUAAAAUAAGGAAACUCACCUCCACAUCCUCCUCUGCUAGCGCCUACGACACCUCCACCGGCGAGAUGAUCGUAAACACUGAAUGGGGUUCUUUCGACAACACCAUGACAGUCCUGCCCAACACACCCUACGAUAUCGCCCUCGACGCCGAAAGCGUAAACCCUGGAGUCCAAAUGUUCGAAAAACGCGUGUCCGGGAUGUUCCUCGGCGAAAUCCUCCGGCGCGUCCUCCUCUCCCUCGUCAAGAGCUCCACCGCCCAGCUCUUCUCAGACGUGGAUUCUAGCACCAACGACGGGCACUCCACCACCACCAUCGCGGCGGACUCGGCGCUAUAUAAGCAAUGGGGUGUCGACACCAGUUUCCUGAGUAUUUGCCAAGCAGACUCCUCGCCAGGGUUACGUGCUAUACGGCAAUCGCUAUCUAAAGACCUGGGCGUCGACGCCGCGAGCACUGAGGAUGCCGAGGCGGUGAAACUUCUUGUCAACGCAAUUGGGAAACGAAGCGCUAGGUUGAGCGCUGUGGCUAUCGCCGCCGUCGUCAUCAACACCGGUAACAACGUUCAAAAGGGCGCGUCAGAAGAUGACGUAGUGGACAUAGGCGUCGACGGCAGCCUGGUCGAGUACUACCCCGGUUUUGAAGACUACAUCCGCGAAGCGCUGAGGGAGGUGAAGGAUCUGGGCGAAAGCGGGGAGAAGAGAAUCAGGAUUGGCAUUGCGAAGGACGGGAGUGGGGUCGGCGCUGCGCUGAUUGCGCUUGUGGCUGCGAAGAUGGAAGAGGGGUCGGGAUCUGGGGCGGGGACGGAGUCAGGGGCAGGGGUGAGGAAGGAGGACGGGGCAGAUCCGAAGAAUUAUGAGCCCGAGGGGCAGGACUGGUUUGGUUGA